AUGGCGCCGACCGCAGCAGCAGUGGCAAAGAAGAGGUUGAGGGCCCGCAAGCCCAAGCGGCAGCUGUACAAGUCGCCAGCAGGGGCGGCGAAAAGAAUGGCGAAACUCCGAUCGUCAAUCACUCCGGGCACCGUUUUGAUUCUCCUUUCUGGAGGCCACCGCGGCAAGCGCGUCGUCUUUUUGAAGCAACUGUCGCCGUCCGGACUGUUACUGGUUACCGGUCCGUUCAAGGUGAACGGCGUGCCGCUGCGCCGGGUCAAUCAGCGUUACGUCAUUGCCACCAGCACAAAGGUCGAUAUCUCCGGAGUUGAUGUGUCGAGCAUCAAGGACGAGCAGUUCGGCGCCUCCAAGAAGGAGAAGUUCGCGGAGCGCAAGCUGAGGAAGAAGCAAGAUGAGGGAAUGUUCGUGCAGCAAAGCGACAACAAGGCCAAGCAGGCUCUCCCCGCGCAAUUCAAACAACUUCAAGACUCGGUCGACAAGGCACUGCUUGCUUCGCUUAGCAAGGACAAGCUGCUUACUCAGUACUUGAAGACACGCUUUACUCUCCGGGGCUCGAUGCGCCCCCACGAGAUCAAAUUCUAA